AUGCUGCUAAAUAAAUUUGAAACAAAGAGCAAAAGAGUGAAGGGCUUGUGCUUCCAUCCGACUAAGCCAUGGAUCUUGGUGUCUCUCCAUAACGGGAUUAUUCAGUUAUUUGAUUACAGAGUUGGAGUACUGGUAGACAAGUUCUCAGACCAUGAAGGUCCUGUCCGGAGUGUUGAUUUCCACCGCACUCAACCCUUAUUCACAAGUGGAGGGGAUGAUCAAAAAGUGAGAGUAUGGGAUUACAAGAAGAAAAAAUGCCUCUUCAGCCUCACUGGACAUAUUGAUUAUGUAAGAAUGGUUCAGUUCCAUCAUGAAUUACCAUGGAUUUGUUCUAACUCAGAUGACCAAACUAUCAGGAUCUGGAACUGGCAGAACAGAAGCGUGAUAGCGAUCUUGACUGGCCACACUCACUAUGUUAUGAGUGCCAGGUUUCAUCCAGAAGACAACCUAAUCCUCUCUGCAUCAUUGGAUAACAAAAUUUUUGUAUGGGAUUAUUCUGAAUUGAAAGAGAAACAUCAAAAAUAUGCUGGAGACUCAAAGAAAAAGUUAGAAAUGUACACAGGGGUUGAGGUUGAAGUCAAAAAUAUAUGAGAAGGGCAUGAGAAAGGAGUCAAUUUUGCAUGUUUCCAUCCUACCAGGAGCCUUAUAGCCUCCGGAGCUGAUGACAAGCUCAUUAAAUUGUGGAGGGUGAGUGGAUCAAGGGCUUGGGAGAUGGAUACUCUCAGAGGUCAUCAAAACAAUGUUUCAUGUGUUGCAUUUCACCCAAAAUUAGACAUACUCAUCUCUAACUCUGAGGAUAGGACCAUGAAAGUCUGGGAUUUAAACAGGAGAUCAUGUAUUUAUACUUUGAAAAAGGACACAGACAGAUUUUGGGUAAUCGCAAUGCAUCCAAAUUCAAACUAUUUCGCAUGUGGAUAUGAUAAAGGAAUGACAAUCUUCAAACUUGAAAAGGAAAGAUUUGAUUACCAAAGAGUAGGGAACCAACUGUUCUAUGUUAAGAACAAGGUAUUAAUGUUGGAAGAUCUCACCAAUAUGGAUAGCCUUCCACAAGCUAAUCUCGAAGUUGAGGGAAAGCAAGUGCUCAAUAAUCAACCAUUUACUCUCAAUUACAAUCAUUUUGACAACUCAAAUCACGAUGUUUUGCUCAAUUACAUAGGAGAUCAAGAAAUGUCAAUUCUCGUAAUAAUGAAUAAAAAUCUUGAUAAAGCAUCAAAUGCAGUUCAAAGGAAAAUAGAAUCCUCUAAAGGGGCUGUUUUCGUGGCCAAAGAGAAAAUCUGCGUUCUCAGCAAGACCAAGAACCUUUAUAUCUAUCUUUUCGACGGAAGGAAUAAGAAAAUUGAUUGGACUACAAAACACACGCCUCAGAAGAUAUUCCAGGCUACGAUUGGAAAAGUACUCCUCAAAUCGAAUAAUGAUGUGCUAAUGUUCGAUAUUGCUGCCAGGAAAGUAGUUUCUGAAAUCAAAUUCACUAAUCUUAAAAGAGUAUAUUGGUCUCCCAAGAUGAACUAUGUAGCUUUGUUUUCUAAGAAUCAAAUUUUGAUAUGCACUAAGAACCUCAAACCCUUAUGUAAGGUAAAAGAUGCCACUAAGGUCAAGUCAGGAUGCUUUGAUAACGAAAAUGGGUUCAUCUAUACAACCUAUUCACACAUAAAAUAUCUAGUAAUAACUGACAAGCUAUCUGAAGGUAGUACGAACACGAAUAAUAGUGGUAUUUUCAAAGCAACUCAGAACCCGAUCUACCUCGCAGGGUACAUAAACGGGAACAUCUUUUACAUCGACAGAGAAGGAAAGGUCUGUCGAGAAGCAGUCAACACCACAGAGUAUGAGCUCAAGAUUGCUCUCAACAAGAAAAGAAUUAAUGAGGUCAUCAAAAUUCUCAAAAGAGGUCAGCUUAGCGGUAAUGCCAUCAUCCAAUAUUUGAAAGAAGAGAAUUGUGCUGAUAUAGCACUUCUGUUUGAAAAGGAUCCAAGGACCAGAUUCUCCCUUGCACUUUCUAGUGGGAAUAUCCAGGAAGCAUACAAGAAUGCAACUGAGAUUAAGGAGAAAGAUAUAUAUUUGAAACUUGGUGAGCAAUCAAUGCUUCAAGGAUAUCAAAAUGUUGCUGAGAAGUCAUACCAAUCUAUAAAAGCAUUUAACAAGCUGUCCUUCUUUUAUGCGACCCAAGGUUGCACUUCUAAGCUCAAGAAGAUGCAAGUGAUAGCUAUGGAUAUGAACAACAAGAAUGAUAUUUUUGAGAAUUCAAUCCUAUUAGGAAAUAUCAGGAACAGAGUAAAACUUUUGAUGCAAUCAAACCAGAUUGCUCUUGCUUAUGCUUCUGCCAAAGCUCAUAAUCUGACAGACCUGAUCCCUCUCAUAGAGGAUGAAAUUCAAAACAGAGGUAUUGAGCUUACAGAAAACUACACUGAACAACUAGCCGAACGGAGUCAGAAGGCAAAGACUUUGCUACCGUGUAGGCCUAUUUUUAUUGAGAAUGAAGGGUUCUCUACUACAAACUGGCCACACACAAUGAUGCUUCAGAGCCAUGUCCAAGACAAGAUGAAUGAAGGCGAUGAGAAUGGUGACUUACAUGAUGCCUCUGCAACUGGAGAAGAUAAUAGCCAGGGCAUAUCCGACCUAUUAGACGAUUUCAAGGAUGAUGCGAAAGAAGAGUUAGGAAACGGAGAUGCAAUGAAUAGAGAUGAUAUGGACCAACUAGCAGGCGAUCUUGAAGGGGAAGGAAAUUGGCCAGAUGCAGACCUUGAUAUUGACGAUGAUAUUCUGGGUGAUAUUGAAGGGGACAAUAUUGAAGGAGACCCUGAAUUGGCUGAUUUGGAUAAGGAAGUCAAUGAGAAAGAGGAAGAUGAAGUAUUUGUUCCUCCAACUAGGUCUAAUGAUCCUUUGCUACAAAUGGUAUCAAAUUCUAUGAUCCCAGCUCAUCAUGUUGCUAUUGGAAAUUUUAAGGAGGCUCUAUCUCUUCUUAAGAAACAAAUUGGACUUAUAAAUCCAAAACCGCUAAGGAGCAUCUUUGCUUUUAUUCAUACAAAUUCUAAAAUUUGCUUACCGAGCAUGCCUAAAUUUCCAUCAAUUGAUUCAUUCCUUAGAACAGCUGAUGGAUGUAGCCCAGUUGGUAUAAUUAACCUCGAAUUCUUGAAGAAUAUAUACAAGGAAGGGUUUGCUGAGACUACGAAAGGCAACUUCAAAGAUGCCCUUCUCGCAUUCCAAAAAUGCAUUCAAUAUGCCGUCCUCUCAGUUGCCUCAACCUCAGAAGAAGAGAGAGAAAUAAAGAAGCUCAUCAGCAGUUGAAUAGAGUACAUCCUUGCUAUGAAAAUUGAGCUCAAGAGAAGGGAUAAAAACCUGACUACUACUGAAGCCCAGAACUUAGAGCUUGCAUGAUUCAUGAGUGUCUGCAAGAUGCAUCCGUCACACAAAUUCUUGGCUCUUAAAAAUGCCAUGAAUUUGUGUUACAAAGGGCAGAACUUCAUCACGGCUGCACAUCUAGCUAGAAGCAUCUUGGACCUUGAGCCUACAGGAGUAUUCUCAAACAAGCCUGAGCUAAUCACUCAAUAUAAGAAAUAUUAUGCUGCAUUCCAGAAGAAGGGUACUAAUAAAACCAAACUCAGCUUCAAUGUAGAGGAGUUCAGUCAAAUUGAAGAAGCUAACGGCUUCAUUUGCUGUGGUUCCCUCGCUCCAUUCCCUGAAACACUUCUGGGCAACCGUAGCUUCAAAGGAUCCUGUAAAUGACCAUUCUCAGGCGCAAUCUAUAGCCAAGACUAUCAAGGCAAGAUAUGUACUAUCAGCAACCUUACAGAGAUUGGUGCAGAAGCUCUGGGACUAAAUAUUUUGAACCUGAGAGAAGAAUAGAAGUUA